AUGUCUGUCAAUGAAACUGCUUUGCCUACAAACGGCGACAUCAUGGAUCAGACCAAUGGAGCACCACAAGACCACGAUGCAGCCACCGAGACUGUCGCUGCCAUCGCUCAGGCACAAGCCAUGAGCGCUGAUGAAAUUGCUCUCUAUGAUCGCCAAAUCCGUCUCUGGGGUGUACAGGCUCAGGAGAGAAUGCGCUCUGCGAACAUACUACUCAUCUCGGUCAAGGCUCUGGGUACAGAAAUUGCCAAGAACCUCAUUCUGAACGGCAUUGGCUCCUUGACCAUCGUAGACAGCGAGCAAGUGACUGAAGAUGACCUGGGUGCUCAGUACUUUGUCCGCGAGGAGGACAUCGGCCGUAACCGAGCAGAAGCUGCCGCAGAGCGCCUCCAAGAGCUAAACCCCAGAGUCGCUGUCAGAACCGACAGCAGCAACAUCUUGACCAAGGAUCAGACAUACUAUGCGCCAUUUCAACUCGUCAUCGCAUGCGACCAAAAUCUGGAAACUAUGUCUACCAUCAACGCCGCAUGUCGUCUUGUUAACCGUCCAUUUUACGCUUCUGGUAUCCAUGGCUUCUACGGUUUUAUCUUUGCCGAUCUGAUUUUGCACGACUACAUCAUUGAACGCGAGACUUCGAACAUGCCUGCCGUUAUUAAACAGGAAACUGCAACCCGCAGUAUCAUUGGAGUUUCGACCAAGAAGCAAAACGGCAAGAACAUCGAGACCGUCACAAAGCGUGAGAUCUACUCCCCGCUACUUCUAGCUAACACUUCACCUUUGCCCGACGACUUCAUUCGCAAUCGCCGUAAGAUGAGAUCCGUUACACCUCUACUGCCUUGUCUGCGCGCGCUCUGGGACUUUGAGCGCAAUCACCAUCACCUACCUGAACAGAACUCUAAGAGCGAUCUGGCCGAAUUCACUCGCAUGGCCACAAACAAGCUUAAGGAGCUCCAAAUGCCAGCUGAGACUCUCACAGCCGAGUUCCUCCGCAGCUUCUUGCAUAACAUCGGCAGCGAGAUAGUACCAACUGCUGCGUUCGUUGGUGGCAGGCUGGCAGAGGACGUCAUCAAUGUGCUCGGCAAGCGCGAGCAACCCAUCCAAAACUUCGUCAUGUUCGAUGGUGAAAACUUCGAUGGACCUAUCUACCCUCUGCAGACAUUCUUGCAGCCUAACGGCUUGGGUGUUCCUCAAGUGCAGCCUUCUGAGCUCGAGAUGCAGCAGAUGCAAAAUGGACACAGCAAUGGAGUGCAAGUUCACAACGCCAUCUCCACUAAUCCUGCCGACGGAGACACCGCCGUUCAAGGAGAGGACGCCCAGCCCAUUAUGCUUGAGUAA